UGCGCAGGAACAGGCGCUCGCCACUUAUUUUGGCACUAACUCAGCAUCGCGAAUUUGGGGUGCUAGUGCCCGCCUCUCAAUUUUUUUAUGUUACGUCCCCGACCCUCUGCUGGUAUUAAAAUCCCAAUGCCUGAGCCUAGCCCAAACCACAUCACUUUCCCCUCGCUUUCUCUUGUUCGAAAUAAAUUUCGACCGUCAAAAUGAGAUUGCCUUCGUAUAGAUCCUCUCACAUGCUUCGUUACCACCCGUACCCUCGGGUGGGCCUGAGCCAGCGUGAAAUUCUAACGUACAUCAUUGAGGAGAAUGACGCUUUGCUGAUGAGCCAUGCGACCCUCGGUACAAUGCUAUUUGUGAACAUAUUCAUUGUGAAGCAUAUCGACGACCAGCUCAGCAACCACAACACCGAAUACGAGGACACCCUCAACGUUCUCAAUCUCCCUGAUAAUGAGGAGCAAGAGGAAACUGCUCCGAAUCUUCUAGAGGCGGCGGGGGUCCCAGAAGCAGGUGGUGGACUUUGUAUCAGGCGUCGGAAACUGAUGACAUUUAUUAUCGUCGUUUUGUUAUUCGUGGUAAGGAAUCUCGCUUUCAACGCCCAGUGCGCCGCGUUUCACAUUAUGCCCAGUUUAAAUCUUCACUCGUCGUCUGUCGACUCCCUGUCAACUUGUAUAUCAUAAAUUUAACAUAUGGUUGCUUCUUAUCACUCGAACAUGCUUUACGUUGCUGCUAAUAACGUCGUUCUUAUAGUUAUCACGCCGUCAUCGUUUUGUAAUGCUGAAACGGUUUCUAUAAUAUUAGCCAAGGUUCUGGUGACUGAUCCUUGAAGCUUUGAA